AUGACACGAGCAAUUUUCGAACUCACGCCGACAGACGAAGUUCUCGUUCUCAACUCUCUGACCCUUCGAGAUGCCAUUGAAGCGAACAAGAUGUUGUUGAUAUCGUUCUUUCACAAGUUGAUCCCUAGCUGUGCCCGAUUCGUUCACAUAUUCGAAGAGAUGUUGCUUCGCCCGCAGACUGCGCAAAGUGCGCGCAACAGCUUCGAGACUCAGUUUGCCCAAAUCGACGUUAUGGAGAAUGCAGCUGUCUGCCAAACUUUCAACAUCACAUCAUACCCAGCUAUUAUGUUGUUUCAGGGUAUGGACAAGAUCCAAAAAUACAAUGGAGUAUUGGAAGAAGCACACAUCAUGUCGUAUUUGACGAGACAGACCUCACCUAUCGUUUCAAUCCUCACACCCAACACCCUUCCCGACUUCAAAGUUGCAAACAGUGUUGUAGUUGUAGGAUAUUUGGCAACCGCAGAUAAACAAUCCCAAGAUGCAUUCACCACGCUUGCAACGGACAUGCACAAUGACUUUCUGUUUGGUCUAAUCUAUGGUGAAGCUACGCAAUUGCCAGAGCAGACCACAACUCCGAGCAUUGUGAUCUGCAAGAGGUUCGAGGGGCAAGAGGAGGAGCAUGAAAUUUUGAAGUUCUUACACGACGUGAAUUUGAUGCGUACUCUUGUCAAGACAGCUAGCCGACCAUUGGUAGUCGAAUUUCGACCGGAGCUGCAUGAUGACUAUUUCAAUUUAGGAAUACCGCUUGGAUAUAUACUCAUCAAUUCCGUGGCUGACCGAAAACGAUUAGCCAACAUGGUUCGCUCACUUGCUAAACAAUACAAGAAUCAAAUAGUGUUUGGCACCGUGGACAAAAAGGACAUAGGAAGGUUCCGAAACUGGGCUGACGAGAUCUGGUUCGAAAUGGAACAUUGGCCAACCUGGCCAUCGUUUGCCAUUCGCGAGCCUAUCAAGAACUUGCGAUUCCCAUUCGACAAACGGCUUGACCUGACCGAGAAGGAGUUGUCCAAGUUCGUGAAAGCUUUCAAAGAGGGAAAGCUCAUGCCGACAAUCAAAUCAGAGCCACUGCCCGAUGAGCAGAAGAGCCCAGUUAUCGAUGUUGUGGCCUUGAACUACGACAAUGUUGUCUUAGAUAACGCGAAGGACGUGCUACUUGAGUUCUGUACCGACUGGUGCCCCGGAUGCAAAAAGUCUCGCUCUACAUACGAAGGUCUCGCUACGUUGUAUGCUUCCGAUGAAACUCUGAAGAGUCAGGUCACUAUUGCAACGAUGAAUUUCGAGAAGAACGACUGUCCGGAUCGCGACGUAUUAGGCGUUCCGUGGUUCAAACUAUUUCCUGCACAUAAGAAGGAAUCCGCGUCGCUCUAUUUUGGACCAAUAACGUUAGAGGGGAUGGCUGGAUAUAUCAGAGAUCAUGGAACCCACAAGGCUUAUCCGAAAUUUGAUUCGGUCAAUACUAUUACCGACGGGGUGGUUGCAUAG